CUCGCCCCGCCCCUGCAGGUGCGAGAAGCUGAAGUCGGGAAACAUGGUGGCCUCCUGCUUUCUCAGCAGGGGUUUGACUGCCCUGGCAGGGUUGUUGCUUUUCUCCUUCGGCAGCUUGGCCGCUAGUCAGAUCGAGGAUCAAGCAGAACAGUUCUUUAGAAGUGGCCAUACAAACAACUGGGCUGUUUUGGUAUGUACAUCCCGGUUCUGGUUUAAUUAUCGACAUGUUGCAAAUACUCUCUCUGUUUACAGAAGUGUCAAGAGGCUAGGUAUUCCUGACAGUCACAUUGUUCUGAUGCUUGCAGACGAUAUGGCAUGCAACCCUAGAAAUCCCAAACCAGCUACAGUGUUUAGUCACAAGAAUAUGGAACUAAAUGUGUAUGGAGAUGAUGUGGAAGUGGAUUAUAGAAGUUAUGAGGUAACUGUGGAGAAUUUUUUACGGGUAUUAACUGGCAGAAUCCCACCUAGUACUCCUCGGUCAAAACGUCUUCUUUCUGAUGAUAGGAGCAAUAUUCUUAUUUAUAUGACAGGACAUGGUGGAAAUGGUUUCUUGAAAUUUCAAGAUUCUGAAGAAAUUACCAACAUAGAACUUGCAGAUGCUUUUGAGCAAAUGUGGCAAAAAAGACGCUACAACGAGUUACUGUUUAUUAUUGAUACUUGUCAAGGAGCAUCCAUGUAUGAACGAUUCUAUUCUCCUAACAUAAUGGCUUUAGCUAGUAGCCAAGUGGGAGAAGAUUCACUCUCGCAUCAACCUGAUCCUGCAAUUGGAGUCCACCUUAUGGAUAGAUACACAUUUUAUGUCUUGGAAUUUUUGGAAGAAAUUAAUCCAGCUAGCCAAACGAAUAUGAAUGACCUUUUUCAGGUAUGUCCUAGAAGUCUCUGUGUGUCUACCCCUGGACAUCGCACUGACCUUUUUCAGAGGGAUCCUAAAAAUGUCUUGAUAACUGAUUUUUUUGGAAGUGUACGGAAAGUGGAAAUUACAACAGAGACUAUAAGUUUGCAACCAGAUUUAGAAAUCAUGGAAAGCAGAUAUGAGAAGGACUGGAUGAAUGAGGAACUAAUGGAACCACUGAAAUAUGCUGAACAACUUCCUGUAGCUCAGAUAAUACACCAGAAACCAAAGCUGAAAGAUUGGCAUCCUCCUGGGGGUUUUAUUCUGGGAUUGUGGGCACUCAUUAUAAUGGUUUUCUUCAAAACAUAUGGAAUCAAGCAUAUGAAGUUCAUUUUCUAGUUGUGUGAAGAAGACGGCAUAGAAGACUGCAAACUUGGAUAAAAUUUUAUGUCAUUAUGCUUUUUAAAAAAUACAUGUUCUUGUGCGAAUUGGGCAAAAAGUAUAGGGAAACUAAAUUUGAAUGAACUAUUUUAUAACUUGAAGAAAAACAACUGUUAAUGCGGGUGCUUAGUGGCACUAAUUAUACUUGUUUUUUGUUGUGCAUGUUAUUAAAAAGAUUGGACAAAGA